UUCUUGAGGAUGGUCUGACGCAACGCACACACGCCCUGGCUGCCUGUGGCGUAGUAGUGUGUGAUAACAAUGUUCUUAUUAAAUUAGUUACUUUGAUAUUUCAUGAAUUCUUACGUUUCACAAAACUACAGUGCAUCCGCCAUAUAUUUUCUGUGUAAAUGUGUAGCAGAUGUAGCUACACAUAUGAAUAAAUAUUUUGUAGCCAGAACUUUCUUUGUAGAAGAAAUAAGAACCUCUUAUUUAUUCAGUAAUACAUUUAGAAAGUUAUAGACGGCAGUUACAAGUACAUAACUAUAUUACGUCACACCAUGUAGCUUUGUUGGAUAAUAGGAACGUAAGUUAAAUGGUUUAAUUUUCUGACGGAGGAACUAAAUUGACGGACGGUAUCCAUGGUAACGAGUUCGAUUGUGGAAAGCGCGAUUGAACGUUUGUUGCGCUCAACAACAUCCGAGCGACGAUGUGUCAUUCAAAUGAAAUCUGAUAGGUUUAACAUUGUAGGGUAUUGUAAAAAAGGUUUUACAUUUUUCAUGAAGUGGCUGUGACGUCGUUUUGCGAGUGUUGUACUUUCUCCUCGCGGUGAACACCGACGAGCGACGAUGUGUUCAAGUUAUCCCUGUUACGCCUUGUUGAAACAAAGUGAUGAUGGCGCUCAUCGAGAAUGAAUGGGCAACAUGUCAGUGACCCAUCACUAGUGUGGAGGCCACCCGCUUUCACAUGACUAAGCCGCUUUGGCAUGACUAUUACUACAAACGUAUAGAGUCCUCGGUGCACCUCGGUCUCACUGAACAUGAAGGCGGUGGACGGCGGAGAGCCAGAGCACCUGGAGGCUCAGCUGGCCACCAAGGAGCGAGAGUGGAAGGAGCUCCAGACACUCAGGGCUCGGCAGCUGGAAAGUUCACUCAAAGAUGCACAGGAGCAGCUGUCCUCCUUAAGGCAGCGCUUCAAGCAGCUCAGAGAAGACUUCCAAUACAACCUAUCUGUGCUGGAGGACAGAGACAGAGAGCUGGAGAGAUACGAUGCCGAGGCUGCCAAGGCACAGACUGUGGAGAGUGCCAGGCUGGAGGAGUUGAGCCAGCUGCGUAUCCAGGUAGCCAAGCUGUCGGAUCAGAAGGCCAGGGAGACCCAGGAGAGGGGCCAGGAGCUGAGACGCAGCCAGCUGAAGGCCACCGAACACAGGGUGCAGCUGGAGAAGCUGCAGGGCUCCAUGGCUGCUGACCUUCAGAAGCAGAGGGAAGACUACGAGGGGAUGAAACGCCAUUUAGAACGACGCAUCAAAGAAGUGGAGGGAGAGCUGGCCCUGCAGAGACAGGAGAUGACGGCAGACUUUGACAACGUCCUCCGUCUGAGAGAGCAUGAGUUCAACCUGCGAAUGGAUGAAAUGCGCACUGUCUUACUUUCGCAUGAAAUCAAGGUGAAGCUGCUCUCCAAAGAGACAGAGUACCAGGCCCAGGCCCAGCAGGAGGCCUCUGACGCACUGCAGGCCUCUGAGGGGCUCUGUGGACAGACCCGGGACCAGCUCCGACACACACACCUGGAGCACGCCGAGACCACCGCUCUCAGGGACAACCGGAUUAAGGAACUGGAGAAACGGCAAACAAGGAUGGAGGCCAAACUAGGCAAAGAAAAGGAGGAGCAUGUUAAAAAGCACCGGGCUCUGGAGCGGGCCCUUCGGGAGCGGGACGGGGCCCUGGCGGCCCAGCAGGAGGCCCUCCACGUCCAGACGGAGGCAGCGGAGACAGCCGCUGGACAGGCCCGCGCCCAGCUUCAGGACCAGCAGAGGACGCUGGCCGAGCGCGACCAGGCCAUCCAGAGGCUUCACGGAGAGCUGGAGACGGCCCGCUGCAACUGGGACAAAUACAUCAAGCAGGCCUCAAAAGAGACGGUUGCCAGGGAUACGGCGCUGCUGACUGCGCAGGAGUCGGAGGCCAGACUGAAGAGCGAGCUGGACAGGAGACGCCAGGAAACAGAGAAAUUCCAGCAGCAGCUGAGCGCAGGGCUGCAGCGAGAGGAGGCCCUGGAGCAGCGGCGUAUCCAGGUGGAGCUGGACUGGCAGCGGCGCUGUGAGGAGACCAAGACCCAGCAUUACCUGACCAGCCAGGGCCUCAUCCAGGGCCUCACACAGGCCAGGGACCAAGCGCAAGCAGAGCUCAAGGAGCGAGGCAGGGAGCUGGAGGAGGCCUCUGUCCUGCUGCAGGCCGUCACGGAGGAGAGGAACCAGGCAUUACAGGGUGUUCUCGGGGCCCCAGGUCCAGUAGGGUCGGAGCUGGUCUCCCGCCUGCAGGAGCAGAACAGCAGCCUGAGGGCCGUGGUGGCCCAGAUGAGGACGGACAUGGAGGGCCUCGGUGGGGCCCCUCUUCCUCGGCCAGCCACCACCGCGAGGACCCAGGCAGAGCCCGGAGCGUCGUCCGAGCACACGGCGCCCCCUACUGGAGGACCGGACGUGACCAGGCCAGAAGGCACGCCAGAGUACACGCGUGCGCUCGAGCAGGAAGUGUCUGAACUGAAGAGGCGCUGCAGGCAGCUGGAAGAGCAGCUAUCGGGCGCCACAACCACACCAGAGACGCCAACGCUGUGGCGGGCCCCUGUUGCCCCUGUGGCCCCCGAGAACACGUACAUGCAGAACCACAUUCGCUUGCUCAAUGAAACCAUCGGUGGUCUGCGUUUGGAGAAGGUAGCGAGCGGAGCGGCUCAGAAGAAGCAGGAGGUGAGGAUAGCCCACCUGGAGUCGGCCAUCGCCGGCCUCACUCAACAGGGCUAUGCUGAGCAGGCAGAGGGGGGAGGGCUACGGCUGGAACUGGCCAAUCAGAAGUCUAAAUGGGCCUCUACAGAGUCCGGCCUCAGGCAGCGUCUGGCUGCAGUAGAGAUGGAGCUGGAGGCGGUGAGAAAAGAGAAGGAGGAGUACCAGAAAGGAAACAUUCUUAACAACCUGGACACCGUCGCUCUGAGGAACCAGGUGUCGGCUCUAAAGUUGGACAUUGCUAGCAGGAGGGACCCCAUAGUGUGCGAACAGAGUGAGAUGGUGGGACAGCUCCGGGAGGAGAACCUGGCCCUGCGACGGCAGCUCGCCUCCCCGGGGGGUCUGGGGCCUGGGGCGGGAUGGGUCGGCGGGGGCGACGGCCCCCUGCAGGCCAAGCUGAAGCAGGCGGUGCGUUACAUCGCCAGGCUGAGCCGAGACAAGCAGCAGCUCAUUGCCAUGGGUAACGGGCUCCGUGCCCAGCUCCAAACAUCUGGACCAGAGGAGACCUGUAUCGUACCGUUUGGGACUCCCAACACAGAGGUCCCGGGCUCUGCCAGAGCACCAGAGACCCCAGCUGGGGAGAGAGACAGGGGGCAGCCGGACCACCACCUGGCCACCCUGGAGAAGCUACAGUACCAGCUCACCACACAGGAGCUACAGUACGCUCAGAGGGCGCAGGGGGUGCCCAUCGUCACGGUGAGAACGCUCCUGUCUGAAAGCGACAGUGGGAGUCAAAAAGGUGCUGCCAACCCCUGGGGUCAGGGACGCAAGGAAACAGCCAGGAGAGAGAUGUCGAGUAGUAUGGACAGGCCUCCGGAUCACCGAGACACCGGACCCCAGCCGCGCUCCAGCUCCUCAGGCCCCCUGAUGUCGUCGGUAGCGUCGGAGGGAUCUCUGAGGGAGAUGUGGCAGAUGCUGGACCGGGACCUCAGCCCCUCGCUGCUCACUGAAGGUGAAGCAGAGCUGGACAGGCCAGCCUUCCCAGUUCCUGCUGGGCCUGUUGGCUCAGAUUCCCAGUUGAGGCUGCAGGGCAUCAAGGUGAGGAGCACGAGCGUGGCCCCAUUUCCCGACAGGAGCAGGCCCGGGAAAACCACUUCACAUCAAGCCAAGACCAGCAGGACGGCUGGAGCCACCACCACCAACAGGGCCAGUAGAAUAAGGAACUACAACGUCAAAGACUGAAGCUUGGGCUUGGUUGUGUGUGUUGGUGUUAAUCAGCUGGUUAACAUGGGUUGACCGUGACCAAAUGGACAUUACAUGUUAGGCAGCUGACACAGCUUUGGACCUGUGGAAGAAUGGCUCGCUGGUCAUCUUAUAGUCCAGGAGAGGAAAAAGAAUGCCAGCAAUCAUGCCGCACGGUAAUCCUGCCUUUUAAUAUGUUUCAGGACAAAGUAAUGAAUGUUUCUUUCUGUAGCUCUGUACGUGUACCAAUUGUAUUGAUUUGAAACUGUAGAAUCAAAAUGUUUGAUUGGCGGAAUCAAAAGAGGCUAUGAGUACCUUAACUAUAGAAUAAAUACUUAUUUACACAUGUA